GCUGGGCUCAGCCUUAGAGAUAGGGUGAGGAGCUCAGACAUCCGGAGGGAGCUGGGAGUAGAGCCGCUGCUCCUUCGCGUCGAAAGGAGUCAGCUGAGGUGGUUUGGGCAUCUGGUAAGGAUGCCUCCCGGGCGCCUCCCGUUAGAGGUGUUCCGGGCACGUCCAACUGGUAGGAGGCCCCGGGGAAGACCCAGAACACGGUGGAGGGAUUAUAUAUCUCUCCUGGCCUGGGAACGCCUCGGGGUCCCCCAGGAGGAGCUGGACGUUGUGGCUGGGGAGAGGGACGUCUGGAAUGCCCUGCUUAGCCUGCUGCCCCCGCGACCCGGCCCCGGAUAAGCGGAAGAAAAUGGAUGGAAUGGAUGUUUUUCCAAUUGAUGUGAAAGAUGCUGCUGAAAAAGGAAACAUCACAAUUAUUUUCAGAUCACCUCUACUGACAAAGUAUUUUCUUCUCAUGAUAUUGGCAUGGUUUUCUCUGGACCUUUCCAUCUUCUGCUUGUACUUCAAUAUUGGAAACCUCGGCCUCAGCAUCUUUAUGACACAGCUGUUGUUUGGUGCUAUUGAAAUACCUGCUUAUUUACUGUGUAUGUGGCUGUUGGAGGUUUUUGGCAGAAAAAAAUUACUCAUAACAACAACUCUGACCGGAGGGCUCUGCUGCAUACUUGUCCUAGCUGUUCAAGGAUAUCCCAUUGCUGUGACAACAUUAGCCGUUGCAGCGCGUUUCUUCCUGCUUGGGGCUUAUACGAUAUGUCAUGUUUAUGUCCAGGAGCUGUUUCCAACAUCUGUUAGACAACCAGCCACAUCUCUAGCAUCAGUGUCAGGAAAACUAGGUGCACUACUGGCUCCACUGCUCAACAUCCUGUCCAUGUACCACUGGUCCAUACCCACCACAGUCUUCAGCAGCUUGACCCUGAUCAGUGGAGCGCUCUGCUUCCUGCUUCCUGAGACCAGGAGAAAAGAGCUUCCUGAGUCCACUGACAAGGCCGAGAACAACAGAAAUGUGACAUCCACAAAAACAGAAAAUCUCAAGCAACAAUCAACCAAGUUGUAGACAUGUGUCUAAUGAUUUAUUCUUUAAAACUGCAUAAUAAACUCUAUGGAGUUUUGGGCUAUUUUGUCCAUGUUUGAAUCCUUUUCAUCCUGCCUGUAUACACCACUUAAAACAUGUUUAAAUGCCAAAUUGGUAUAUUUUUUUUCAGCACAACCUCACCUAUAUGACCUAAUUAUUGAUUUUUUUCAACAUUUUGAACCAAAA